AUGGAACUGGCAAAAGGUCUCCCCAACCUGCUCGUCCUCCUCCUGGCCAUUUUCACGGCCACCUUUACGACCCCAGAAGUGAUGUCCGUGCGGCUACGAAACGCCGAAGUAACUGCCGGACAGGCCGAUGGUAGAGUCGUCUUCGUGCCGCCAACAUUCGACGAGUUGGACGAAGACAUUGUCAUCCCAGUGCCGAGGAAGCGACCUUGGGCCCUGCCAGACCCUCUCUACUGUUGUCUCCUCAACAUCAGCUGCUGCCGCAAACGAGACGGCUACAACAACCUCUAA